AUGCUGUGCAGUCGCCUUUUGCUUUCUGUCUACAUCCUCACCUUCCUGAUGGGGGUCCCUGCCAACAUCCUGGCAUUCUGCACCUUCUGCCGCAAGGUGCACCGCAAGGCAACCCCGAUAGACAUCCUCCUGCUCAACCUCACCAUCUCUGACCUCAUCUUCUUGGCUUUCCUGCCAUUUAAAAUGAAGGAGGCCUGGGACGACAUGGCCUGGAUGCUGCCCUUUCCCCUGUGUCCCUUCACCGGUUUUCUGUUCUAUGUCACCAUCUACAACAGCACUCUGCUCCUCACGGCCGUGAGUGUGGAGCGUUACCUGGGGGUCGCCUACCCCCUCAGGUACUCCCUGUGCCGCCGGCCUCGCUACGCCGUGCUGGCCAGCAUCAUGUUCUGGGUGGUGACCUCUCUGAACCUCAGCAUCGUCUACAUCAUACCCUACGCCCAGUGGAGUAAAGGUGCAGAGAGUGACAACAACAAUGGCAGCACCACCAGCAGCCCAGCCCUGCCUCCACCCACCUGCUACCUGAAUUUCAGUGAGGACGAGCUCAAAAUCCUGCUGCCGGUCCGCCUGGAGCUCUUCUUCGUUCUCUUUUGUGUCCCCUUCUUCAUCUGCAGCUUCUGCUACGUCAACUUCAUCCUCAUCCUGUCACGUCUUCCAAACAUCGGCAGGCGGCGGAGGCUGCGUGCCAUAGGUCUGGCGCUUGGCACACUCAUAGUUUUCGGCGUCUGCUUCGGGCCUUACAACGCCUCCCACGUGGUGGGAUUUGUCCGGAAGGAGAGCGAGGGGUGGAGGAACGUGGCGUUGCUCUCCAGCACCUUCAACGCCUGCCUGGAUCCAUUUAUCUUCUACUUCUCCUCAGCAGCUGUCAGGAGCAUGUUAAAUCACUGCUUCAGGAACAUCAUGGCAAAGCUGCACAUUCUCCGGUGUGGAGGGGCUCUUCACUGUCCUCACCGGACACCCCCCAAGACUGAAAAGUACAAGGAAGCAGCCCCUCCUUAA